AUGAAUAUUGAUGCUGCUGCGUUGCCAUAUCUUCCUGAGGAGAUGAAUAUUGAUGUUGCUGCUGCGUCGCCAUAUCUUCCUGAGGAACUAGUAAUAGAAAACAUUCUCACCAGAUUACCUUUUCGGACUCUAGCUCAAUACAGCUGCAUCAGUAAGUUAUGGUGCAAUUCAAUUUCAAAUGAUGCACAGUUUGCUAAGACUCACUUUGCUCACAACAAAAAUCGUAAGUUAAAUCUAGUCUUCAAUUUACUUAAUGUAUGGACUUCUAAAGGAGGAGCUUCUUUUUUCAGUCUAGACAGUGAUUACAAAUUUAGAUUAUUAAUGAACGUAGAAAACCAAAGCAGAGCUGAACUAGUAGGUUACUGUAAUGGGUUUGCUUGUAUUACACUAGUUCGUAAAAAAGGGUCUGGUCGUAAUUUUGUGAAUAUCAUCAACCCUAUCAGGAGGGAAAUACUUUCUCUCCCCUAUACGUAUCCUAAGGAUUGA